ACAUUUGAAUACCUGUCCCCCCAUGCAAAUGCCCCCCUCACAUCUGUGCACCCAGCCGCAGAGGUUCACCAAGCUAAUCCGCCGCCAGUUCAGCACCGACCAGCCCCAAAGAGGAGACGGUCUUCAGGAGAGGAGGCUGGUUCUUACUUGCGGUGCGCUUUUACGCACAAUGCCGCGCUCUUCCUCUCUGCUUUUUUCCACUUAACCGAGGGACCGUCCAGCCAUCAGCAGGAACACAAGGAGAGAAAAGGCUGUUUCAGCAGGUAAACCCUGCAGAGGACACUCUGACGCGCGCUGGUUCCUCUUUUGCUCUCCGCCGCCUCGGCCACUUCCUCCUCCGGACUGUUCAGCGCGCUGCUUCAGAGCCUCAAAGAGGUCCUGUCCGCAUCAGGAUCCGAACCCGGACUGCAUCAGGGAGGGAUGGAAGCUACUUAGAAGAAACUGCAAGGACAGGAGUAUUCUUCAAACACGCACUUUCCAAUCUAACAGAGUUUUCCCGUCCAGGAGCAGAGGAAUUCCAGAGGAUCGGAUAUUUGUGGUCCUGCAGAGGGCGCCAUGGGUUGUGUCGGCUCGAAGAAAGAGCAGGAGUCCUUCGGCAAAGGGACGGGAACCGACGAGCAGCAGAGCCGAGCGCAGACGCCUCACUACGUCAAAGACCCCACCAUGGGAAGCUCCGGGAGCAAAGCCAGCAAACUUCCUGCCAACGCUGCAUCUUCAGAUGGAGACAGCAUUGCCAUGGCGCUGUACGACUAUGAGGCCAUUCAUGACGGGGACCUCGGGUUCAAGAAGGGAGAUAAGCUCAGAAUCUUAGAGGAAUCUGGCGAGUGGUGGAGAGCGAUGUUGAUAAGCACCGGGAAAGAAGGAUACAUCCCCAGUAACUAUGUGGCCAAAGACACUCUGGAGGCAGAGGAGUGGUUCUUUAAGGGCGUCAGCAGGAAAGACGCAGAGAGGCAGCUCCUGGCGCAGGGCAACAAAGUGGGCUCCUUCAUGAUCCGGGACAGCGAGACCACCAAGGGCAGCUACUCUCUGUCGGUCAGGGACCACGAUGCUCACACCGGGGACACCGUCAAACAUUAUAAGAUCCGAACGCUGGACAACGGAGGAUUCUACAUCUCUCCUCGCAUCACCUUCAGCACGCUGCAGGAGCUGGUCAGCCAUUACAAGAAGCAGGGAGACGGGCUGUGCCAGGCCCUGACCACCGCCUGCCUGAGCCCCAAACCCGAGAAGCCCUGGGAGAAAGACGCCUGGGAGAUCCCCAGGUCCUCGCUCAAGCUGGAGAAGCGGCUGGGCGCCGGCCAGUUCGGAGAAGUGUGGUUGGCCACGUACAACAAGCACACCAAGGUGGCGGUGAAGACCAUGAAGCCCGGCAGCAUGUCGGUGGAGGCCUUCCUGAUGGAGGCCAACCUGAUGAAGAGCCUGCAGCACGACAAGCUGGUCCGGCUCAACGCCGUGGUCACCAAGGAGGAGCCCAUCUACAUCAUCACAGAGUACAUGGAGAAAGGUAGUUUAUUAGACUUCUUGAAGAGUGAUGAAGGAAACCGUCUCCAGCUUCCAAAGCUCAUCGACUUCUCCGCCCAGAUUGCCGAGGGGAUGGCUUUCAUCGAGCAGAGGAACUACAUCCACCGGGACCUGCGGGCCGCCAACAUCCUGGUCAAUAAGAGUCUCGUGUGCAAAAUCGCCGACUUCGGCCUCGCUCGAAUCAUCGAGGACAACGAGUACACAGCCAGGGAAGGAGCCAAGUUCCCCAUCAAGUGGACGGCUCCCGAGGCCAUCAACUACGGCUCUUUCACCAUCAAAUCCGACGUCUGGUCCUUCGGCAUCCUGCUGACUGAGAUCAUCAGCUAUGGACGCACGCCAUAUCCAGGGAUGACCAACCCGGAGGUGAUCCGCGCCCUGGAGAAGGGCUACCGGAUGCAGCGUCUGGACAGCUGCCCCACCGAGCUCCACCAGAUCAUGCUGGAGUGCUGGAAGAACAAGCCCGAGGAGCGGCCCACCUUCGACUACCUGCAGAGCGUGCUGGAGGAUUUCUACACAGCCACAGAGAGCCAGUACCAGCAGCAGCCAUGAAGCACACACACACACACACACACACACACACACACACACACACACACACACACACACACACACCUGCAAUAAUACACAGUAAGAAGGGACUGUACUGUAAAUUAUUCUCUUUUUCUCUUAAAAGGCCUUUUCAAAUAAUUUUUCUGUUAAUCUUACAACCUAUGAAUUUCAUUUUAGCAGCUUUUAACGACAAGAGAUUUCAUGUUUGUUUCUUCAAAUAAAUGUUUUCUUACAAAUGCAAUAUUUCAUGUAAAAUUUCACAAAGCUGUUUUUUUUUUUUUUGCAAAAAGCAAUAUUUGCAGGAACUUCAGUUUCUGUGUCUUUCCAAUGUGUGGAGAAAGACCAGCACACACACACACACACACACACACACACACACACACACACACACACACACACACACACACACACACACACACACACACACACACAGUUUGCUGUGAAGCGGG